CAUGGCGGGCGAAAUAUCACAAGAUAUGCAUUUAAAAAUGUCCAAAAAAAUUGCUCAAUUAACAAAAGUUAUUUAUGCAUUAAAUACUAAAAAUGAUGAACAUGAAGCAAUAAUGGCAACGACGAAAGAGCAAUAUGAAGAAGAAGUUCAAAAGAUACUCGAGGAUACAAAAUUGAAAAUUGAAUCGUACAAGGACAUUAUGAAAGAAGACACAAAUCAAAGGAAGUUGAUAGAGAAUCUUGAAAAAAGGAUAUCUCAACAUGAAAAAGAGAAAGUCGAUGCUCAAGAAACGUUUCAAAAAUAUAAGGAAAUUAUGGCCGAGAAAAUAUCGGAGAUGAAAACAUCCCACUCAGAGAAGUUGAUUUCAUUAUCUAAUGAAGUUCUCAAUAUCAAAAAAGACUUUGAAUCUCAAUUGGAAAAGUUAUUAGAAGCAAAAAGAGAAAUAGAAGAGGAAAAGGAAAAAAUGAUUGACGAAUUAAAAAAGUCUUACGAAAUUAAAGCAGAAGAAUUAAAAUUAGGAUUAUCCUCAAAAGAGAAGAAUAAUGAAAUAUAUCAGAAUCAGGUGGAAACUUUAGAGAGCGAGUGUAAGCAGUUAAGACUUGAUAAGGAUAAAUUACGAGAGGAGUUUGAGAAUAGAUUGAGGGAGGAGAGGGCAUCACACGAAAAGGAAUUGGAAUCUUUGAAUACUUCCCAAAACUCCGCUCACGAAGAGCACAUGAAAAGAUUACAAGAAGACUACGAUAAGCUUCUCAAAGUUCAUGAAGAUAUGAACGUUGAUAAUUUGCAAAAAAUCCAAGAACUAUUAACAAAACAAAGCGAAGUGGAGGCGGAAGCCGAUAAUUUUAAAAGGAUGUUAGAAGAGUUACAAAAUUCAAUGAAGGGUAUGAACUCAACAACAGCAUCCUUAUCUCAACAACUCUCAACUACUCAGGAAGAACUCUCAAAUAGUAUUUCUAUCAAUAAGCAACUCGAAGGUGAAAUAAAAGCGAUCAAUGAUCGAUGCGAAAAGCAAUCGACUGAACUCAUCGAUAAGUCCUCUACAAUUGGUAAACUGGAAGCUGUAAAGAUUCAAGUGGAUUCCCAAUUAAAAGAAAGUCUCGGCGAAUUGAAUAAGGUAAAAGAUAAACUCAAAUGGCUAGAAGAUGAGAGAAAAUCGAUGGAAGAAAAAGGACAAUCCCAAAUGACAGAGCAAUCUAAACAAUUAAAAUCAUUAGAAAAAAGUUUAGAGAGUUUAUCAGCCGAAAAGCAAGAACUUCAGCAAAAAUAUGAUAGAGAUAUGGAAUCACUGAAACAGUCUUCCGAUGAAAGAGAGAAAACAUCCGAUAAAAAAUGGAAAACGAAGCUGGAAGAAAUGGAAGCAAAGUUCACAAAAGAGAUUGAAGAACACAGGCGCUUGGCGGAAGAAAGUUAUGCAAAGCUAAAAAAUGAUCUUGAAGGUCAAUUGGGGAAUGAAAAAGAGAAUUUAAUGGAUUGCAAUAAGCGUAUAGAAGAACUAUCGAAAGAAAAAGAGGAUUAUCAGAAUACACUUCAAAAUGCUCGACUAGAGAUCGAAGGAUUACAAAAGAGUUUACAAGAGAGGGAUGCUAAUUUAGGUGGUGCAACGAGUGAUUUAGAGGGUUUAAAGAACAAAUGCAAGAGUUUAGAAGAAGAAUUAGAAGAAAGUCAUGAUCAAUUACGCAAUUUAAAGACCCAAUUUAAUAGUAUUAAAAAUGAGUUAGAAAACUCUAAAAAAACUAAUGAAAAGCUUAUAAAAGAUAAUGAAGAGAGAUUAAGGAAAGAAUUAGAUAAGCUAUCUAAGGACUUAGAUGAAAAAUGGAUGCUUAGGUUAAGAACUGAAACUGAAAAAGUAUUAACAGAACAAGAAAAGAAGUCCUCAGAAGAUAAAAAAUCUGCAAUAGAUGAAUUGCUAAAAUUACACGGUGAAGAAUUGUCUUCAGAGAGGUCAUCGUGGGAUGAACGAGUUCAGAAUCUUUUAAAAGAAAUAGCAUCAUUAAAGUCAGCAUUAGAUUCUAAAUCAAUAGAAAAUCAAGAGAUAAUUAACAGGAUUAAGAGAGAAGCUGAAGAAGAGAAUAAUAUAUUGAGAAAGGACAUGUUAGCAGCUGCUAAUGAAUUUAAGGAUAACAUAGAUGAAUUAGAUAAAAAACAUGCAAGUGAGAUUUUAGUGUUAGAGCAGAGGAAUGACGAAAAGUUAAAAGAAUUUGAAAUUAAUUUAAAAAAGAAACAUGUAGAUGACAUGAAAGCUCAGUUGACAGCUCAUAAUAGUACGGUCGAGAUGAUUAAAGAGAAUUGCGAGAAAGACAAACAAAAAUCACUAGAAGACUUACGUAAAAAGAAUCUAGAAAAAAUAGCAAUCAUCAGAUCUGAUUUAGAACAGGCUCAUGCCCUAGAUAUGGAACAACGCGAAAGACAGCAUGAUCAACAAAUGGCUGCAGCUAGGUUAGAAUUAGACAGAAGUCUUGAAGUUAUCCAACAAAAGGAUUCUGAAUACGCUAUCAAGUUGUCAGAGUUAGAAUCAGAUGCCAAUUCAAAACUUACUUUAAUUAAUGAAUUAGAGAAGGAAGUUAGUAUAUUACAAACUGGUGUACAAGAAAUGUCAAAAGAAUUAGAAGCCAAAGGACAAGAGGUGCUAAGGGUUCGCAGUGAAAUGAUAAAAUCUUCAAAGGCUAAAGAAGAUAAAUUGAAGAAUGAAUAUGAGCUAUCUAUUCUAAAUUUGAAAAAUGAUCAUCAUAAAGAAAUUGAUGGAAUGUUAGAAGACUUUAAUAAAGCUCAAGAAUUAUUAAAAGAUAAAAUCAAUACAUUAACUAUACUACUAGAAGAAGCUGAGGAAAAAUAUGAAAAUCGCGAGUCCAGAGAAGAAGACUUAUUAGAAAUUAAAAGAUUGCAACAAUCAGUUGUCGAUAGAGAAGAUGCUAUUAAGAAACUUAUCGAUGAUAAAAAAUACUAUCAACUUGAACUAGUAAAUCGUGAAACGAACUUUAAUAAAGUGUUCAGUUCUUCCCCGAACGUUGGCGUUAUCAAUCCUCUUGUUAAGCAAAAGAACAGUGGCAAAAGUGAUAGCUCCAGAAAACAAUCCAAAUUAGAUCCACUUCCUAACUCGAGCAUUAUUCAUUCAGAUAAUUUAAAUGGAAAAGUUCCUCUUCCAAAUCCGAAGAAAUUCGUAAAAUAA